AUGUAUUCAGCUAUUAUUCGUCAAGUUAGACGCAAACUAUUGUUCUCAAAUACUUUACGCACUUGUCUUACAUCUAAAAUGGAAGCUUCUUCGAAGAGUCAAAUUGAUAUUGUUUCAAACAAUUUACCGGAAGGUAAUGAAGUAAUGGGUGCUCAGCUCAUUGCGGAAGCAUUAAAGAAACAGGGUAUCGAAUACAUUUUUGGUGUAGUUGGUAUUCCAAUAAUUGAAGUUGCAUUUGCUGCUCAACAGUCACAAAUUAAAUAUAUUGGAAUGCAUAAUGAACAAUCUGCAUCUUACGCUGCAUCAGCUAUUGGUUAUUUGACAGGAAAACCAGCUGUAUGUUUAACAGUAUCGGGACCUGGUCUUAUUCAUGCUCUUGGUGGUAUGGCAAAUGCUCAAAUUAAUAAAUGGCCAAUGGUAGUCUUAGCUGGUUCUUCUGAUCAACCACAAGAAUCUAUGGGUGCAUUCCAAGAAUUUCCACAAGUUGAAGCAGCACGACUAUUUUCAAAAUAUGCUGCUCGUAUAUCAACACUUGAGCGAGUUCCAUUCUUUGUUGAAAAAGCUGUUCGUUCUUCAAUUUAUUCACCUUCAGGUGUAAGUUAUCUUGACAUUCCAGGUGAACUUGUUACUUCUUCAAUAGAUUCAAAUCGUAUUGAACAAGUACCAAAAUAUAAAUUACCUCCAAAACCUGCUGCUAGCCGUGAAUCACUCGAUGAAUUUUUCAAUUUACUUAAACAAAGUCAAAAACCACUUGUAAUCAUUGGAAAAGGUUGUUCAUAUGGAUUUGCUGAAGAAGAAGCAAAAAAAUUUAUUGAACAAUAUAAUUUACCAUUUCUUGCAACACCUAUGGGUAAAGGAACAUUAGAUGAUCGUCAUUCAUUAUCUGUAGGUGCAGCACGUUCAACUGCAUUAAAAGAUGCUGAUUGUAUUAUUUUACUUGGAGCACGUCUUAAUUGGAUGCUUCAUUUUGGUAAACCACCUCGUUUUGAUCCAAAUGUUAAAAUAAUUCAAAUUGAUACAGAUACACAUGAAUUACAUAAUAAUGUUCAAAGUGCAUUAGCAAUUCAAGCUGAUCUUAAAACAGUAUUAAAACAAUUGAACGAAAUUAAGACAAAUUGGAAAUAUGAUGCAGCAACACAAUGGUGGAAUUUACUUAGAAAGAAAUUGACUGCGAAUAAACAACGAAGUGAUGCUCUUAUUAAUUCAACAGAUAGUUCUAUGCUUAAUUAUUAUUCAGCAUUUAAUGCAAUUCAAUCUAUUCUUCCGCAAGAUGCAAUCAUCGUAAGUGAAGGUGCUAAUACAAUGGAUAUUGGACGAACGAUGUUACUGAAUUCUAAAGCUCGUCAUCGGCUUGAUGCUGGAACAUUUGGUACAAUGGGUGUUGGUCCCGGUUUUGCAAUAGCAGCAGCUGCUUAUUGUCAAGAUUAUGAGCCUGAAAAACGUGUAAUUUGUGUUGAAGGUGAUAGUGCUUUUGGUUUUAGUGGUCUUGAAUUUGAAACAGCUGCUCGUUAUAAUCUUCCAAUUAUAUUUAUCAUAAUUAAUAAUGGUGGUAUUUAUGCUGGUAUCGAUGCUGAAUCAUUUCAAGAAGCGGCUAAAAAAGAUGCUGCUUUAAAGUAUAAUUUCAUUCUUUAA